UUUUACACUCAUUUUUUAAACGCACAAUGCACAGAUUCUGCUUUAAUAUUUUCACAUUUUAUUAGCGAAAAUAACUUCAUGGAUAACACAGUACUGCAUAUUAAUUUAAUAUUAAUUUAUAUUUCAUGUUUUAUCCUCCCAUGAUGCUCAGCGCUGUGUUUAUUUUCACUUUCACUAUUUUCCUUUAUCAGCUUACUUCACUUCCAGCUCACAGACAAACUGCACAGUUCCUGACUGUCUUCCUGUAGGCCAUGUACAUCUUAGCUCUCCUUGUAUGGGUUACAACAGCUUUAGCUGGAGUUCCACAUGCCAGCAGAGAAGAUGAGCCUUCUUUCCCAAAGGCAACCAAUGGACAGCCGUUCCCAUGGAACAAGAUGAGGCUUCCUCAGGCUGUGUCGCCCCUCCACUAUGACCUCCUCAUCCACCCCAAUCUCACUAGCUUAGACUUUUCUGGAAGUGUGAAGAUCCAAGUGGAGGUCCAUGAAGAAACCAACACCAUUGUACUCCACAGCAAAGAUCUCAACAUUACCAAGGCAGCACUGCUGGGCUCAGCUGAAGGUGAAGGUCAGAUUGUGAAGGUGCUGGAGUAUCCGGCCUACCAGCAAAUCGCUCUUGUGAGUGAUAGCACAGUGCUGAAGAAGGGUGGCAUUUACUUUAUCGAGCUGGAGUUUGUAGCCAAACUCUCUGAGAGCUUCAACGGAUUUUACAAAAGCACAUACCGGACCAGGAAAGGAGAUGAGAGGAUUCUGGCCUCCACCCAGUUUGAGCCGACCAGUGCUCGUGAAGCUUUCCCCUGUUUUGAUGAGCCGGCCUUCAAAGCUAACUUCUCCAUCCGCAUCCGCAGAGAGAGCAGACACAUCUCCAUCUCCAACAUGCCAAAGCUGAGGACGCUGGCGCUUCCUGAUAGCCUGUUUGAGGACCAGUUUGACAUCACUGUGAAGAUGAGCACGUACCUGGUGGCCUUCAUCGUGUGUGACUUCCUUUCCAUCAGCAAGAACACUGAGCAUGGUGUCAAGAUCUCCGUGUACACCAUACCAGAGAAGAUAGACCAGGCCGAGUUUGCACUGGACGCUGCAGUGAGGCUGCUGGACUUCUAUGAUGAUUACUUUGACAUUCCCUACCCUCUCCCUAAACAAGAUCUUGCUGCAAUCCCGGACUUCCAGUCUGGUGCUAUGGAGAACUGGGGACUGACCACUUACAGAGAGUCCGCCCUGCUCUUCGACCCCCAGAAGUCCUCUGCCUCCAACAAGCUGGGCAUCACUACAAUCAUAGCGCAUGAGCUCGCCCACCAGUGGUUUGGUAACUUGGUGACAAUGGAGUGGUGGAAUGAUCUCUGGCUGAAGGAGGGAUUUGCCAAAUUCAUGGAAUUUGUGUCUGUUAACAUCACCAACCCUGAGCUGCAAGUGGAGGACUCUUUCCUGGGAAAGUGCUUUGAGGCAAUGAACGUGGAUUCUUUAAGCUCCUCCCACCCUGUGUCCACCCCUGUGGAGAACCCAGCUCAGAUCCAGGAAAUGUUUGAUGACGUGUCUUAUGAAAAGGGUGCUUGUAUUCUGCACAUGCUGAGGGAGUUCCUGACCCCUGAUGACUUUAAAUCUGGCAUCGUUCGGUAUCUGAAACAAUAUAGCUACCAGAACACGGUCAACACUCACCUGUGGGAAAGUCUGACCACUAAGCAGCACUCUGAGGGCAAGCUGGACAUUAAGGCAAUGAUGGAGACAUGGACACUGCAGGAAGGCUUCCCCCUCAUCACAGUGGAUGUCAAGGGUCGCCAAGUGCGCCUGAGCCAGGAGCGGUACCUAAAGGCCGAGGACCCCUCCCGAACUUCUGGGUUUCUUUGGCACGUCCCGCUGACCUACAUCACCAGUAACUCGGCCACCAUCCAUCGGUUUCUCCUGAAAACUAAGACAGAUGUGCUGUACCUGCCUGAAGAGGCAGACUGGGUGAAGUUUAACGUGGACAUGAGCGGAUAUUACAUCGUCCACUAUGAGGGGUCGGGCUGGGACAACCUCAUCACUCUGCUUAAACACAACCACACCGCCCUCAGCAGCAACGACCGGGCCAGCCUCAUCAACAGCGUCUUCCAGUUGGUCAGUGUGGGGAAGCUACCGCUGGACAAAGCUCUGGACCUGUCGCUGUAUCUGAGCCAUGAAACGGAGAUCAUGCCUGUGAUGCAGGGCUUCAGUGAGCUCGUCCCGCUCUACAAACUGAUGGAGAAAAGGGACAUGGAGGCACUGGAGAAUCAGAUGAAGGGCUACAUCAUGCACCUGUUCCGUGAGCUCAUAGACCGGCAGACGUGGACGGAUGAUGGUUCAGUUUCUGAGAGGAUGCUGCGCAGCUACCUGCUCCUCUUUGCCUGCGUGAGGAGUCACCCGCCCUCCGUUUCCACCGCGACCCAGCUCUUCAACAAGUGGAAGGAGUCCAAUGGCAACAUGAGUCUCGCUAUUGAUGUCAGCCAUGCGGUGUUUAGGGUUGGUGCUCGCACUGAGGAGGGCUGGGACUUCCUGUUUGAGAAGUACCGCGAGUCCCUUUCUACGUCACUAAAGAGCCGAAUCAAAUCUGCCCUGUCCUCCUCUCCGCUCGCUCACAAACUCAAAUGGAUGAUGAAGCAGAGUUUGGAGGGAUCGGUGAUGAAGACGCAGGAUCUUCCGUAUGUUGUGACAUCAGUCAGCAACAACCCUAAAGGCUAUAAACACGCCUGGGACUUCCUCAGGGCCAACUGGCACUCGCUGGUGAAGAAGUUUGACCUCGGUUCUCACUCCAUUGCGCACAUGGCAACAGGUGUGACCAGUCAGUACUCCACCAGAGAGAUGCUGGAAGAGAUUCAGGAAUUCUUCAGUUCCUUAACUGCUGAGACGGGCGCUGAGCUGCGCUGCAUCCAGCAGGCUCUGGAGAACGUGGAGGAGAACAUUCGCUGGAUGGACAAAAACCUCCCGCUGCUCCAAGCCUGGCUAGACAAGAACCAUCCGGAACCAGCCCAGCUAGACAACCAGAGCAAACACUCAGAGCUGUGAAGCCCAUGACUACACAAAACUGUACUGGAUGACUGAACCGAGAAGCUACACUGUGCUCCAUAUGUUUGAGAAAUAGUGCCUGCUGAGAGAAUGGUGAAAUCUGCUGAAAUGUGUGAUUGGUUUGAGGAAUACACUGCUGUUCCACCAUUUCUUCAAAAUAUCUGCAUAAUUGAAGAUGUAAACAAAGUCAUCCAGAGUGGUUUGGUGUGAAAUGCUCUGUUCUAGAGAAACAUACAUUAAAGAUUAUUCACAGUGGUGGUGAUGGGAACCAGACGUCUACCUCUAACAGCCCUCUUAUUAAAUUAAAUGCUUACGAAUAGACCGCCUGAUGUCUGUUUUGCAAAAGUUUUUAAGAGAUGGUCUAAAACGUAUUUAUAAUACAUUCAUGGUGGUGGGGUACAUUCAGGACAUUAUUAGGCAAAAUUUACCCACAUCAGCAUUACAUAUAAAACCUCAGAAGAUACUUAUAGGUAUAAAAUAGCUAUAUUUGUGUUGUAGACAUGGUGACCCCUGGUUCCCAUCACCACCACUGUAAAGACAUCUGAGUUUCUCUACAAUGAGCCUUAAACCACUCUGAAAUAUCGGUGGAAUUCACCUCAAACUUAACUCUGUUUUCAGAGUACCUUUUUGUAAGAAUUUGAAGAAUACAACGUGAGGGAAAAAUGAAACUGGCCAUCAUUGCUUUCAUUUUUUGAAGCAGAUUGAGGCUUUUUCUAAAAAAGGUUAAAAAAUACCUGUAUUGAACCACAGAAAAUGUGUUGAAAGAAGAGUUUAGCAAAACAGUUCACACAGUAGACUAUCUUAGGUGGUUCCUGAUUCUGUAUGACGGACAAAGGUAGGGGGCUUGUGCUACUGUUUUUAGCGACACUUACAUACUUUUGUCCAUUUUUAUAAAAAACUGUGUCAUACAGUGUCAGAAACCACAUAAACAUGUCAAGUAGAGAUUACUGAACAACCUUUCAUGGUUUGAGGUAAGUGAAAUGAUUUAGGUCAGUUGAUUUAGCAGUCAGUUUUCAUGAUGCUAAAUGGCUAAUUCUACAUAAGCCUCCACUGCUUGUUAGCUAUAUUAGCCUCGUAGCUCCAAUGCAAAAGAAGCACACCAAAUGCGUCUUUGCUGAUUGACUACAUUAUGGUGUAAGGGGAAAAUUGUGUAAAUGACAUUUUUCACCAACUAUUUCACUGAUUUUCUCACCUUUUCUGUGAUUAUAUACAAUCAUUUAAAUCCACUUUCUGGAGUAUGGUGGGUUUGAGAAUGUCUCUGGUGGUACACCAUAUGUACUAUUCCUCAUUUGAGGACGAUUUUUGUUCAGGGUAAAACUGUGUCUUAGAGAAGGUAGUUCUGUAAUUAUUAUUUUUAUUAUUAUUUUUUUUUGUAGUACUUCACUGAAACACCAACAUCAGCUACUGUUUGCUUUGUUUUUUGUGUGGUUUUCUUUUUCUUUCAUCAUUAUCAUCAUCAUUUCAUCAUUUAUCAGUUUUAAAAGCAGCGGGAUGUGAAUCUUCAUGCUGAUAUAUUAAAUAAAACAUUUGGAUAGUUUAAGAUUUGUAAAAUAUUUGGAAAUAAAAUGUGUCCAAAUUGGAA